GAUCUACGUCAUUUCCUGUUUGCUCAUCCCUGGAAAAACAUGGCGACAUCGUUAGGUGCUAAUAACUAUAACAGGCAAAACUGGGAAGAUUCGGAUUUCCCAAUCCUUUGUCAAACAUGCCUGGGAGAGAAUCCGUACAUCCGCAUGACCAAAGAGAAGUAUGGGAAGGAGUGCAAAAUCUGUGCACGUCCCUUCACUGUGUUCCGCUGGUGCCCCGGUACCAGGAUGCGCUUCAAGAAGACUGAAGUGUGCCAGACAUGCAGUAAGAUGAAGAAUGUCUGCCAAACCUGCUUGCUGGAUCUUGAGUAUGGUUUGCCCAUCCAGGUGCGAGACGAAGGACUUUCCAUCAAAGAUGACGUGCCUAAGUCAGAUGUGAAUAAAGAGUACUAUACUCAGAACAUGGAGAGAGAGAUUGCCAACUCUGAUGGGACGAGGGCGGUGGGUGCGCUGGGCAAGGCCCCCAGCUCCAGUGACAUGCUGCUGAAGCUGGCCCGCACCACACCCUACUACAAGAGGAACAGACCCCACAUCUGCUCCUUCUGGGUGAAGGGGGAGUGCAAGAGAGGGGAGGAGUGCCCAUACAGACAUGAGAAACCAACCGACCCAGACGAUCCUCUGGCCGACCAGAACAUCAAGGACCGUUACUAUGGCAUCAACGACCCGGUGGCAGACAAACUUUUGAAGCGGGCGUCCACUAUGCCGAGGCUGGAUCCCCCAGAGGACAGGAGCAUCACCACUCUCUACAUAGGCGGCCUGGGAGACAGUAUCACAGACUCAGAACUCAGGAACCACUUCUACCAGUAUGGUGAGAUCCGUACCAUCACGGUGGUGCCCAGGCAGCAAUGUGCCUUCAUCCAGUACGCCACCCGCGGGGCCGCAGAGGCGGCCGCCGAGAAGACCUUCAACAAGCUCAUCGUCCACGGCCGCAGACUCAACGUCAAGUGGGGCAGGUCUCAGGGUGCUCGAGUAGAGAAGAAAGAGGGGGUAGCUGAAAGUGGUAUGAGACUGGAGCCCGUGCCUGGACUCCCUGGAGCGCUGCCACUACCCCUGCCACUGCCGCCGCCCCCUGUAUCAGAAGAGGAUGGCCCGGCCAACUACUUCAACCUGGGCCCCAGCAACUCUCCUGCUGUCAUGAACAUGGGGCUGCCCCCACCCCCAGGAAUCUCCAUGCCCGCACCACCAGGUUUUGGUCCUCCAAUGUUCCCUGCAAUGGACCCCAUGGGUCGUCCCAUGCCCCCUCCUCCUAUGCACAUGCGGAUGCCAGGUCCAGUGCACUACCCAUCCCAAGAUCCCCAGCGUAUGGGCGCCCAUGCAUCUCGCCACGGGGGCACAUAGGCGCCGUUUAUUUAGGGAAACACUGCUGUGAAUUCCGGUAAAGAUCUGAUGAUAGCCCUUUAGAGGUUUUUAUUACAUUAUAUUUUUCCAUUUGUUGUUAAUUUCCCUAUUACAAUAAGGGAAUGUCUCUUUUUUAAUUAAAAAACAGUAAUCUUACCUCUAUCUGUUGGAGAAGCACACUGAAAUUUUGAUUUAUCAGGUGGAUAAGUCUUGUACUUUUUUUUUAGUUUUUAAACCAUGUCGAACAUGAUGACCAUCAACCAAUUCCUCUGCAUCAAACUGUUUGUUCUAAUGUGAUUAUUGUUUGAGUGAGAGUGGAAAGUGGGAUGAUGUUCCAGAGUGUUGAACAUUGAUCACACAUCACAUCAAUGGUGUGUUUUUUAUGUAAGUCAGGGGAGAUUUUCCUUUAUUAUACACUUAGUUACAGUAAUCAAUCAGAGACCGAAACCGGAAAUGUGUAAUUGACUCUUGUCAGUUCAGUAAACGUUGUGGUCCACCAGGUGGCGGCAUUGUCCCUGUGUAGUGUAUGAUCUCAAUCUGUUGCACAGUAUGAAGCUGUCGCUGCCAUUCUAUUGUCAUGGCUGUAUACUGCCUUGUCCUGACCAACCCAGUCAUUGUUUUACAAUGCUUUGUGAGAUGUCCAAUCGUUUGUAUAUUGUUUUGUAAAACCAUUUUGGUACAUGAGAAAACUGAAACAUUAAACAUUUUCCAGUUUGUGAA